CCACAGGAAAUCACCAUGACAGCCGACACUGACAUCCAGAAGACGCCUCUCGUCGAGAUAGAGGGUGCAGCGGUCGCUGCCUGAUGCUAACCUGAUGGAACAUAUCCUGAACCAGGACAACGAGGUCCAAGUUACAGCAGAUGCUCCAGAAGUAUACUCUCGCCAAUGUGUUGCGUCCUAAGCAUAAGGGCCGGAAGGCAGGCACUGUCCUCCACACAGCCGUUAUAUCCGGAGCUGAAAAGUGCCUCAAAGUCUUGCUUAGUCACCGACCAUCCAAGGAGGACUUAGAGGCUCCUGACUCCAAAGGACAGACGGCUCUGUUGACAGCGGUGGACAAUGCGCGGCACGCAGAACUAGAUCACCUGCUCACUGCAGGAGCCAAUGUCAAUGCCCGCGACGACAACCACAGAGGAGCACUGCACCUCCUGGUGCUGAAUCUUUCCGAGGACUCUAAUCAGGUGGGGGACUUCCUGAAGGUGGCAGACUUGCUACUGUCCUCCAAGCAUGUCAACAAGCUAGAUUUGGAGCCCCACGCCAACUUUUAUGACGCGACCGGCGCCACCCCGCUGGCAUUGGCCGCCGCCAAGCUGCAGAAAGAAGACAUCAACCUUCUUGAGCUGUGUAAGAAGCUGGUGAAAGCGGGUGCUUCGUUGUCUGAAAAUGUGAACGACUCCACUGUGAAGCAGGUACUCACCCAGAAAGAAUGCCUGACAGAGAAGCUGCUGAGCGAGCGAAAGCAACCCCCUGCGAGAUCCACAGCGGCCCAAGUGGUGGACUUGGUCUGCAUGUGCAAGACUGGCAGCGAGGUGGAGGAGGUGUUGCAGGGAAAGCGACCAGAAGACGCCCGUGAAGCAGUGAGGUCAAAUCUCGGCAGGGACAAUCUGUUGUCAUAUGCCGUGACCGUUAUGAACACUUCCAUGGUGGAUGUGUUACUGAAGUAUGGCGCCGACCCCUGGCUGUCUUUCCACAGCGCCGCCGUCAAAGGGCACGUUGAGAUCUUUACCAUGCUUCUGAAAAAGAUGAAGGAAGGCAAUGAUACCAUCGAUCUGCGGGACCACACUGCCAGCCUCAUCACCAACCUCAUGGCAAACAGUCACAUCAAAACCACACAGAACAUAGAUCACAUGGCGUGUUUCCGCCAUUUACUGCAAGAAGCCAAGCUUAACCUGAACCAGAAGGACCCAGACCAGACGCCACUGCAUUUGGCGGCGGCAUUCAACCAACAGGAGGCGAUGAGCGAAAUGCUGAGGGCUGGUGCCUUCCUUGGAGCACGCCACGUGGUGUGUGGGAAGGACUGCGGCUCCGUCUUGGACAUUAUGUUACCGGAAACUCUGGAACAUGCCAUGGACAGGUGCAUUUCACACUACUGUAAAGACAUCAGUGACAAGACCGAGAACGUGGUCAGCGAAGACUAUACACUACACCUCGACUAUCGUUUUCUCCUUCCACCAAAGCAGAAUGACACCAAAAGCGACUCCAAACCAGUGAAUGAAAUGGAGACGCUGAUGGAAGUGUGUUCCAGCAAAAGGCACCGUCACCUCAUCGGACACCCGCUGGUGAACACUCUGCUAUACGCCAAGUGGAAUAAGGUACUAUUGUUGUACUGGGUUAACCUGUUACUUUAUUUGUUCUUCGUGGUGAUGCUCACCAAAUUUAUAUAUUUGCGAAAGGAUCUGCGCGCGACAGAAGUGCGUCUGUCAGUACUACAGGAUAACGGCAUCACAAACACCACCAGCCUGGAAACCAGCAUGCAGGGGAAGCAGAACAGCCAGAGCGUGUCCCUGGUUCUACUGAUGUUUCCCUCGCUGUUCAUGUUUGCGCGCAUGGCUCUCCAGAUUAAGUUCUCCCUCAAGUAUUUCAAGAACGUUGAAAAUUACAUACAGUGGUUCCUGUUAAUGGUGGUGCCAGUCCUGCGCUUCGCGCCGCUGGAGGUGGACCACUUACGUCAGUUGUCUGCCUGGGUCAUGAUCAUCGCCUGGUUGGAAUUCGUGCUAAAGUUGGGACGAGUGCCGUUCUUCGCUCUCUACAUCACAAUGCUGUGUCAAGUCACCUCAAAUUUCCUGAGGCUAACUAUUCUCUACAUCAUCCUCAUCAUUGCCUUCGUCCUCAGCUUUAACAUCCUCCUCCUCCCUUCCGGAGAAAAUCCCCUCUUUCCCUCCACACAGAGUGAGAACGUCUCCAUAUCUUUUCCCAAGGCCAUCAUCAUGUCCACAGGCGAGUUUGAAUACUCCAACAUGAAUGAGAAUUUCCCUGACGGGAUUAAGAUCUCCGCUGACAUCAUGACGCUCGUGUUCGUCUUUGCUAUCUUCCUGGUGUUGAUGAACGUGAUGAAUGCCCUGGCUGUUACUGACGCUCAAGAAGUGGUGAAUGACACCAAGCUGCACUCCCUCAUCUCCCGCCUCGAGCUGAUCAGCACGAUAGAGACCUUCCUCAAUCACCCGUACAUACAUCCCUAUCUGGGCAAGUUGAAGCUUCUCUCUGGGCCCAACAACACUCCGUCCUUCCUGGCCAAGAUCAACCUCCCCAAGAAGCAUAAGCGGCUCCUGUCAGGUCUCCGUCACCAGACCCCGAACAAGCUGAAUGACGAGACUGCCGAGUGCCUCAGGGUUCAUCGGCUGCAGUGCCUGGAGAAAAUGAAGAGCCAGCAGCGUGACCAGGUCCCAGCAAAGCUCGAGGACGUCGUGGAGAUCCUCGCUGGCCAGCACCCACAUCUACUAUGCUCUCUGGCUGAUGCCUUGCGCCCUGGCCAGCAAUGUUAAGAGGGGAAGACUGCAAAGAAAUAGUAGUAUCCUUGCCAAUAACGUGAAGACGGAAAGACUGUAAAGAGAUGGUGGUGUCCUCACCAAUAAUGCGAAGAGCGAAAGACUGGAAAGAGGUGGUAAUGUCCUUGCCCAGUAAUGUGAAGAGUGAAAAAUUGUAGAGAUGGUAGUGUUCUUUCCCAAUAAUGUGAAGAGCGAAAGACUAUAAAGAGAUAGUGGUGUCCUUGCCAAUAAUGUGAAGAGGGAAAGACUACAAAGAGAUGGUGAUGCAAUGGAGUACCCCCGCCACCGCCACCUUAGCCAUGGGUGCCAUCCCGACUUUACUAUGAAGGAUUCGUUGCUACUUGAUUUUGUACGUAACAGCGUGAUAUGCUUUUGUCCUCUAUACUUAUAACACAGAGAAACAGAGCACUUGUACUUGCCAAUACAGAAAUACGAAGAUUAUUACCACUGGUAGCUCGGACUCCCAAAUAUCUGGAUGGCGCCGUGGUCUCACAGUUCUGCCGCUGGGCGCUGAUGGUUGAUAAGGACACUCGGGCCGAGGAAUAGGCUGUAUCAGAUGAGUAUACAGUGACAUAUAGUACUUAAUUCUUUCCUCACCAUUUGUCAAAAUGGGACGUGAAAAUCAUUCUGCCACACGGGAUGGGUAGAUGACUAAGUUUGGUCCGAGGAGGCUUAAUUAAGAGUCACCAGCUUCCUUGGUUUGACCUCUGAGUUGGCAUCCACCGACCAUCAGGCUGAGCUAGGUAACAGUUCCACUUCGUUUGUACCGUAUUCUGAAACGCUGCGCCGCAUCUCCACGAUCUCCCAAAGGUUCUAGUUGAAAUUACACGUGUUUUAAGUGUGUGUUUUUUUUUAUAUGGUUCUAGCAACAGAUGAACAAGAUUUCUACAUUAUCAACAGAAGAAACACUUGAAAACCCUGCUAAUCAUCUCUGUGGCCUUGGAAAAUAAUCAUGGUAAGAUAGAGUGUAGUAGCCAACGUCAGGGUUCUCUCCUGUACCCAAUACUCUCUUGACCAAGAUUGGGACGGUCUUGCUCCAGUCAAAACAGGAACAAUUUCACUACCCUAAUGGGCCUACAAUCUAACAUUGCUGGCCAGCCAGUACACUUCAGUGUAGUAUGCUGUGCGUAAAAAUGCUAUCAGCUAGACUAAGUACUUGUCAGGGUCUUGCUACUCAGGCGUGUCGCUUUCCUAGGCUUUAGGCCCUGUUCACAUUUGACGGUUUCACCCAGCAGCAGUGCAUUUUCAAUGCAAGUCAAUGGAGGCGCGCAGCUUUUCCUCCCGCCGUGGUUCCCGGGUGGAUUGAGGUCUACUUUCCAACCAUGCGGAAAACGUGUGGGUCGAUUUACAUGCAUUUGAAUGGGAGCGUACACACUUGGCGGUUUGAAGGCUACAUUGUACUUCCAUUGGCUAGCUUGGCCUGUGAUCCUAGCCAAUCAAAUUUGUCCCACCAGAUCGUGGAACGAUUUCAUCGACAUCCUGAAGCAACUGAAGAAAUUAUCUUUAUGGUCUCUCAACUUUGGGGGGCACAAUGUUAUGAACACCCCAUGGGUUAGUCUGUCAUAUAGAAAAGGGUGAAUCCAGCGUUGUCUUGUUUCUUCCUGCGCCGUGCCCAUUGCUGAUGCAGGAACCAAAGACAACAUACCUCUUGCGCGUACAUGCUUACACUACAGUGGUAUGACUCGUCAUGAUGCUAACCAAGGUAUGUGGCGCGGAUCCCACUGGUGAAAGCACCUCUUGUGGAAGGAUUCUGCGGUUUGAACCGUGCAAAACCGCUAGUGAGGACAGGUUAUCAGUGCUGAUGAACACAGCCUUCAAUGUCUCUUGUCUGUAGCGUGUUAUGCCAUUGUCCAACGCCAAACAAAUAAUAUGGAAAAAUCUCUAAGCGCAAGCAACACACUUGUUAAUCAAACUUGUUUUAAAAUAAAGUGUUCGUGCAAAUUUGCCUGCAUUACCGUUUGUUUCUCUCUCUCUCUCUCUCUCUCUCUCUCUCUCUCUCUCUCUCUCUCUCUCUCUCUCUCUCUCUCUCAUUUAUUACUGCCUUAAUUUUCUACCUAACUAAUGAACAGAUAAUAGUGUACAAUGCUUUAACAAUUUACAUGAUUGUUUACUUACUCCGUACUUAGCUUGUGUGGGUGUAUGGCACAAACAUCUUGGUUUCGGGUUCCUUCUUUUCGAGGUCAAAAUAGCUUUAAUUUUAACCAUAAUCACUUGUGAAUUACAAGGUGUACUCUGACACUAUAUUUAUCGAUCUGUUUACUGACUUACCUGUUUAUGACAUUCCCAUCAAAGGGAAAUAGCCAAGGCAAGGCGUCAUUAUGUGCUUCACUUGUGCACUCACAUUCAUCACAUGCAUACACUAAUAUUACUGAUCCAUUGUACGUAAUUGUUUCUCAUUCGCCACUCAAUUUGUACUUAGCUACGUAUUGUGAUCGUAUUUAUAUACUUGACAUAGUAUCGACAUCAUUGUGUUUAUUUUUUUUCUUUUCGCAAAAAGGGAAGGGCAGAGGAACUUCAUUAAUUGUAAGCUUAUAUAUCAUGAUUUCACACACACACACACACACACACACACACACACACAGUGGUCAUAAGUUAACAAUCAUAGCAUAACUAGAAUACCAAUAUACUCACUACUAUGUGACUAUUACAGUAUUAACCAGAGAAAGAUCCAGCGCCAAGAGGCGAUUCACUCACGUCCAUCAGAACGUUUCCUUUGCGACCCUCCUGCUCCUCGCCAUAAGGGAAAAAUGGAUACCUUUCGAUGCAAGCUAAUCCUAUUGACUCUAUUCUUUAGGGACUCGCACCUCAGUAAGUAUUUUUGUUUUUUCCUACCUUCUUAUAGCCCUUGCCAGAGACCCUCUUACUUUUAAAAUAAAAAGCGGUCACACA